GUUUUGUCUUUUCUACCGGAUGUUGAUCAACGUCGAUCAUUCAGCCAUCGUGAGAUUUCCGUGUAUUGAGCGCUCGUCAGAACUGCCGAAAUGUCUACAAACGGGUCUUUCCAGGCACAACUUUCUUCAAUUAUGGAGACGCUGACGACGUCUGCCGUUGCAGAGAUUACAAAACUGGUCGAUUACAGUUCUGCCCUUCUAUUCUCGGAGAUAUCCCGACAACAGGGAGAGAACGACGCUCUUCGGAAGGCAUUGCACUGUAUGCAAAUCGAGCUCGGGACCGAGAGCCCAAAGCGGGUCACCUCUUCUGUUGAUAUAUCUGUAGAAGUUCAGCUUUGCGACGAGAUCCAGAAUAAUAAAGCCGUGGGGGACCAGUGGUUUCCGGGCAAACAGUUGGUUCUGAGCGAGAGGCACUAUGGAGUUGAUGCUGCCAUCGAAGUGGGAGAAACCAGUGCAGCGCAGAACAGAUGUCCUGACGUGAAACAGAUCAUUUUACAACCAGACCCUAAAGGUGGUCUGUCCCUAGAAGAUGAUUUCCAGGCCAUGGACGAGAGUCAGUCAGAGGCGUACCACAGCUCCACAGCAGAGCCCAAGGAAGAAGACACCAGCCAAGGCUUCAGCGAGGAGCUGGAGAUGUGGGUCAAGUCUGAGCCGGGGUCAGAGAGCGACACCGUCGGCUUCACCCCCAGUGUCGCAGAAAACAAGAUGGUCGACCACCUCACGGGCAGGGAAAUGCACGCCUGUUCAUACUGCAACAAACGCUUCAACUACCGUAGCCAGGUGAUAAUCCACGAGCGGGUUCACACGAGGGAGAGGCCGUUCGUCUGCAAACAGUGCGGCAAGGGUUUCUCCCAGAUUAACAACCUCAAGAAGCACCAGCUCUGUCACAGGGGAGGGGAGGGGAAUCACGAGUGUGGCAAGGCGUUCUGCCAAGCCCAGAGCCUGAAGAAUCACAUGGUGGCAGCUCACGGCUUCGGCACAAGGUUGGACUGCGAGACGUGCGGCAAGACGUUUCACAAUAAGAAAGCUCUCAUCGCACACUCCACCAGUCACAGCAGGGCUUUCGGCUGCGAGCUAUGCGGGAAUGCUUUCGGUACGAAACAAACUCUUAAGACCCACCAGUUUACUCACACGGGUGAGCGUCCAUUCAUCUGCAACUACUGCGGCAAGAGCUUUGCCUACCUCUGUAACCUUAAAACUCACAAGAGGGUUCACACUGGGGAGAAGCCCUUUGGCUGUGAGUGGUGUGGCAAGUGUUUCACUCAGAAACACUGCCUGGAGAAACACUUGUGUAAAGAUUAAAGAGCUGUAGAUAUACAGAGUAACUGCAGUAAACUACCGUCUAUGUUUACACCAAAUGUUCCAUGGCCGUAACAUUCUAAUCUGCGUUCUGACUAGAAUGUUGUGGUCUUGUAGUCUGGGUACCAGUCUGUUUAGCUAACGUUCCACUCCUUGUGCUUUGGGCCAUAGAGACUGGCCUUUCUUCAAUCUCAGCGUUUAAUAUGCAGCUGGAUUUUGCGAGGAGUUGCUGAUUUGUUGUUGGAAAUAACGUUAUUGUUUGGCAAUGGCACAGAGUACAAGGAGUGGAACGUUAGCUAAACAGACUGGUGCCCAUGCUAGUGGUCUUGUGCUAUCAUGGGGGAAAUUGUAAACCUAAAACCAAGUUUGUUGAACUCUGCGUAUUCUAUUGCUUUGUUGAGGAGACUUAAGUGUCUCGAGUAAAGUGUCUACAUGUGUGUGGGACAGAUUGA